AUGACGGAUACAGAAAUAUUUAAUAGCGUAAUAAAUACGAUUAAUAAUAAUACUAAAAAGCCAGAACAAUUUCUAAGCGUACAAAAUAAAGUUGCUCUUGAUUUUAAAAAUUCCAUAAAAUGUUUAUACGACUUUACGAAACUACAGUCACAAAGAAAUACGAAUGCAUUGCCAGAGCUUGUGACAGAAGGAUUUGAUGAAGAACAGAUCUGGCAGCAACUUGAAUUGCAAAAUGAGGGUGAACUUGAUCACUUGGUUGCUAGAGUUUCUAAAGUUUUAUCUGAAAGUAAGAGGUUGACAAUGCCAAUUAGUACAAUUAAACCUGUACCUGUACAAAGUAGUAAACAUUUAUCAGAAGAGGAAGAUAUAAUUGUAGCAGAAACUUCUGAAGAUGAGGAGGAAGAGAAAAGUACUUUAGGAAAACAAAAGAAGGAUGUGAAGAAACAAAAAAAGAAAUCAUCCAUAGUAGAUGAUAAGUUUUUUAAAUUAGAAGAAUUAGAUGAAUAUCUAACUAAAGAAGAAAGGAAAGAGAAGCACAGUGAAAAAAAUGAAGAAAAAUCUGAUGAUGAAUCUGUAGAUUUAUUCAAUGAUGAUGGUGAUGACAAAACUGAAGAAGUAAAACUUUUGAAGUAUGCAGACUUCUUUGAUAGUCCACAGAGUGAAGAUGAGGAUCCUAAUUCCAUGCAACAUAAAGACACAAAUUAUGAAGACUCAAAUGACAGUGAAUUAAUGGAUAAUGAUAGUGACUUAGAUAAUGAAAUGGAUAUAGAUAGUGAAUUGGAUGAUCAAAAAUCUUCCAAGAAAAAAGUUACAUUUAAUCUCACAAAUGAUUCUGAUGAAACAGAUAGCUUGGAAAAUAAAAAUAUUAAUAAGAAAGAAGAUACAAAAGUUAAAUCUUCUCUAGAAAUGCGACAGGAGAGGCUAAAAAAAAAGAUUAAAGAGUUGGAAAAAGAAGCUCUUGGAGAGAAACCUUGGCAAUUAAAAGGUGAAGUUAGUGCACCAAAUAGGCCACAGAAUUCUUUACUAGAGGAAUUUGUAGAAUUUGAUAUUACAACUAGACCUCCACCUGUUAUUACCGAGGAAACAACAUUAAAAUUAGAAGAUAUAAUUAAGCAAAGGAUAAAAGACAAAGCUUGGGAUGAUGUUGAGAGGAAGUUUAAACCAGUUGAAACUCCACUAGAAUAUAAGAAGAAGUUGAUUUUAGACCAAGAAAAGAGUAAAGAAAGUCUAUCUCAAAUUUAUGAGAAUGAAUACCUUAAACAGAAGAAAGCAUUAAAUCCAGAUAAUAAUGAGAAGGAGGAAGAAGAACCAAAGUUACAUAAGGAAAUCCGUGAAAUAAUGAAUUCUCUGUUCUCCAAAUUGGAUGCCUUGUCCAACUACCAUUAUACUCCAAAAAUGGUUAAACCAGAGAUUAAAAUCGUUAAUAAUAUGCCUGCAAUCAAUAUGGAGGAAGUAGCACCAGUUGGAAUGAGUGAUGCUGCCUUAUUAGCUCCAGAAGAAAUUAAAGCAAAACCACGAGGUGAGUUGAUUGGUAAAGCGGAAAGGACCAAAACGGAUAUGAAACGAGAACGAAGACGCAAGAAGAUGAAACAACGAGCGCGACAACAAGCUAUCGAGAAGAAAGAGAAAUUAAAUGCACUUAAACCUGGAGCUUCUAAGAAAUACAAAAAAGAAAAGGCAGCAGAAUUAGUAAAGAAAUUGACCAAGAGUCGAAAUAUUAUAAAAAUGGAUGAGACGAGUUUCAAAGCUCCGAAAUCAUCUACGGCAUUUUUCAGUCAAUUGCAAGACGAAGUGAAGAGUCACAUUAAAGCCAAGACUGACAAUGAUAGUAAAAAGAAACAAAAAAAUGUUCUAUCUGCAAUGAAAUUAAAGUUGUAA